CGGUAUAAGUAGGAGCAGAAGCGGUCUCGGCCAGAGCUUCUGCACCUCAGACCGUCUGAUCCCCUCGGAGGCCCUGACUCAGGAGCGCAGCUUUCUCCAGCACAGGUUUCAAAGGUGAGAGAGGACGUACGAGCCAGCCAGAACCAUGUCACAGUCAGAGCCUGAAACUCCCAAAAAGAAGGUGUCCUUUCGCGGUCGCAGCAAUGUCCCGGUGGCUGCCUCCAACGCUGAGGGGGAGGACUCCCCCGAGUUUGAGCCUUUUGGGCUAAUGCCCCGUGGCCCGCCCCCACUGGCAGAAUUCCUGGACAUCUGGGACGUGAACAUGCUCGCCCAACCGAAUGAAAUCAACAAGAGGGAGCACCGCACCUCCCUGUACUCCAGCCCCCUGCUCAUCGUGCGCCGGGCCCAGGAGUUCCAGAUCAGGGUCACCUUUAACCGAGCCUACGACCCCUCCAAGGACCAGUUCCUGCUGGAGUUUGUCAUCGGCUCCAGCCCACAGACGAGCAAGGGCACCUACAUCCCCGUCUUCCCAGAUCCUGAUAGGAUGGGGCUCUGGAGGGGGCGUGUCCUGGAUAGCAUUGACAACAUGGUCACGGUGGGAAUCACUGCAGCGCCAGACAGCAUUGUGGGAAAGUUCCGCACCUACGUGGCGGUCCUGACCCCUUACGGAAUCCGCCGGACCCGGAGAGAAGUCAAGCACGACGUCUAUGUCCUGUUCAACCCCUGGGCGUCAGAUGAUGCUGUGUUCCUGAAGGAUGAGACAGAGAGAAAAGAGUACAUCCUAGAAGAGUCAGGGGUCGUUUACCAUGGGGAGGCCGGUGAUGUUUCUGCAAGGCCAUGGAAUUUUGGACAGUUUGAGUAUGGAGUUCUCGAUGCCUGUCUGUAUGUGAUGGACCAAGCUCAGAUGCCUAUCACCAACAGGGGAGAUCCAAUCAAAGUAGCCCGCAAGGCUUCUGCUGCGAUAAACUCCCGCGACGACGACGGAGUGCUGGUAGGGAACUGGAGCGGGGACUACACCUACGGCGUCGCGCCCACGUCCUGGACGAGCAGCGUGGAAAUCUUGCUCACCUACGCCACCAGCAAGCGGCCCGUCUGCUAUGCGCAGUGCUGGGUCUACGCAGCGGUGUUCAACACAUUCCUGCGAUGUUUAGGGAUCCCAGCCAGGGUGGUCACCAACUUCUACUCCGCCCAUGACAACGAUGGCAACUUAAAAACUGACAUCAUCGUGGACGAGGACGGGAGAGUGGACAGAGCUCGCACCAAGGAUUCCAUUUGGAACUAUCACUGCUGGAACGAAUGCUACAUGACCAGGCCUGACCUUCCUCCAGGCUUUGGAGGGUGGCAGGCUGUAGACGCAACCCCCCAGGAAACUAGCGAUGGACUGUACCGAUGUGGUCCUGCCUCUGUCCGAGCCAUCAAACAUGGGCAGAUUUGCUUCCCCUUCGAUGCGCCGUUUAUAUUCGCUGAGGUGAACAGCGAUGUCAUUUUUUACAAACGGGACAAGAGUGGGAACAUGCAGGCUGUUAAAGUGAACACCUCCCAUGUGGGUCGCAUGGUACUGACCAAAACGAUUGGUGGAGAGCAUCCCUUUGACAUCACAAGCCAGUACAAGUUCCCUGAAGGCACCGAGGAGGAGCGCACCGUCUCGAAGAAGGCGGAGGAGUACGGAUUGGGACGGCAGAAGGUGGACUACCCCGAGACGGACGUGCAAGUGGACAUUCUGGUGCAGGAAGUGAGCGUGGGAGACGACUUCCAGCUGACCCUGGAGUUCAAGAACCACAGCAGGGACCACCGCAGUAUCAACGCCUUCAUCAACGGCUACGUGGUCUACUACACCGGUGUCACCAGCGAUGAGAUCAAGUACAAGACCCUGAAGGUCACCUUGGACCCUUUGCAGACUGAGCGGGUCACAGUGGAUGUGCGCUCCAAAGACUACAUGAGCAAGCUGGUGGAGCAGUGCAACCUCCACUUCAUCGUCACUGGCCGCGUAGAGGAGGGAGACCAGAUCGUCUCCGCCAUGCGAGUCAUCACCCUGCACGUGCCCAAGCUCUUCAUAAAGGUGAUGGGCGAGCCGCGAGUUAGCGAGGAGACGCUGGUUUCUGUGGAGUUUACCAACCCGUUUCAGUUCAGCCUGGAUAACGUGUACCUCCGCAUGGACGGGCCGGGGCUCAUGUCUCCCAAAAUCAAACACUUCAGCCUGAUCUCCCCGAACUCCUCCGUGACAUGGCCAGACUCCUUCACUCCGCGGCGGCCCGGGCCCACCAAGCUGAUGGUUACCCUGGACUGCGUCGCCCUGAGGCAGGUGUACAGCCAGGUGCUGCUCAACGUCAAGCCUUAAAGCGGCGGCGCUCUGCCUGCCCACGCCUCUUAUCUCUGAAGAGGGUGAGAGGUUAGGGUCACGCUCACUAUGAGCAGGCCAGCAUUUUAUAUUACCUCUCUUCCUCCCCAUCCUGUCUUUCGUCUUCUGUCCUUUUAUUGCUAGAGUAGUCACAGUACAUGGGCUCUUUCCACUGUUGAAGAUACUGGAGAGCAGUUAUGCACCCUUAGAUGACCAAAAGAACGAGUGGGAGCUCUCCAACAGAACAAAGAAGGUUUUUCAAAGUGGGUUUUGGUGGCUACCACAACAGACAAAUGGGGUGUACGUUUUGCUCUGAUGUCAUCGAGCAUGUCCAUAGCAGUGAAACCAGCGGCUGUGGAGCUCCAUUCUCUACAACAAUACCUACACUGGUAUCGCUCAGUAUAUUUAACUUGUAUUUAAGGUUAUGCCUUCCAGAGCUCAAUGUUACUUUAUUCCAGCUGACAGCACUGCAUAUAUUUAGAUCACAAUAUAAGGUCAUCAUAAUGCAGUUUAAGCAUUCCAUUCACAUGCCGUUUUAAGUAAGCAGAAGCAGCUAAUGUUGAUUAGAGAGCAUAACUGUUGGAGAUGUGAAAUGGCUGUAUUAACAUACUAACCAUAUUAGCCCAGCUUUCAUAUUUAAAGGCAAGCAAGUCCAUUGGUGUGGGUUCAUUUCAACUCUUGAGGAGAGACACUGCUCGACCAGCUCAUCUCCUGUAGUCAAGUGUAAAGUCUCUCAAGCAUGCUAUAGCUAGGGACCAAAUCGAGGGACCCAUUCGAGUGAAAAUACUGGGGGUGGCUUGUCUCCCUGUCUCCACUCCAAACCUACACAUAUGAAAUCCAUGUGUGAGUGAAAGCUUAUGAUAUAACCAUGUUCCACCCAAAACCAACCAAUUAUCUUUUGAGACGUGAAUAAAAUUUUGCCCAAGCCAUUCAACUGGAGUUGACUGUACUGUGUAUUCACUUAAUAUUCAUCAAUGCAUUUAUUUUCAUUUUACAUUUCCCUUUCUCUCUCCAUUAAAUAUGCUGUUGAAACCA